GAUAUGUGAUAUCUGCGUACACUUCUUUCCCUUGGCGCCUUUUUUCAGUCUUCGGCAUGAUGAUGACGAGCUUGUGCACAAAGCAUUGGCAAGCAUUUAUGGCACAGGGUUUGACAACGGGAAUAGGCUUCGGCAUGCUAUUAUUGCCAAAUGUUGCUGCUGUAUCACAGGACUUCUCGACCAAAAGGGCCUUUGCUUUCGUAAUCGCUGCCAGUGGCACUAGUCUUGGCGACGUAUUUUAUACAGUGAUAUUUCGGACACUGCAGCCUCGUGUUGGCUUUCGAUGGGCCACUCGAACUCGAAUUGUUGCGUCUAUAAUGCUCGGUACUCUGGUGAUCCCAGUAAUUGGCAUGAAGCUGCGCGGCGAGUCAAGUACUACAGGACAUGAUUAUCUAGACUUGACAGCUUUCAAGGCGAAACCAUACUUGGUUUUCUGUCUUAGCAAUUUCUUCGGGUUCAUGGGUAUCUACGUAACUUUCUUUUAUGUCCGUCUGUAUGCCGAAGAGCAGGUUAAUAUUAGCUUUCCGUCUUCUGUAUAGAUUUUCUGCGGCGCAUUUGUUUCAUCACCCGGAAUUAUUGUUAUAACGAUAUCUCCAAAUCUGAAGACUAUCGGCAUUCAACUUGGGAUGGCACUCAGUAUCUCCGGAUUCGGUAUGCUCAUUGGAGAACCAAUUGCGGGAGCAAUGUUGGAUGCUAAUAGCGAACAGAAGGGGCUACAAGCUUUCUGUGGAGCAACGAUAUUUCCAUUUGGGGCAUUCGCUCUGUUGGCACGAUUCUACAGGAUUGGGCCUGUUCUGGUGGCUAAAGCGCAACCAGAUGUAUUGCCGUUGUUUAUGAAUUUAGUUAGAUAUGUGCUUAGAUUGACAAUAUGCAAAAUGAGAAUGUAG